UCUAUAAAAUGGACGAUGCAUCAAAGAUUAAGCAGCACUUCUAGGGCAACCAUCGCUUCCAGUUUUAUCUCUCCGGAGCGUAUCCAGCGGGGUAUUAACAAUGGCAGUUAAGGCAGAUAGAAAGCAGUCAAUUAUAAGUGAAUUUUACAAUGGUCGUUCUGUUUUCGUAACGGGAGCAACGGGUUUUAUGGGCAAGGUGUUGGUGGAGAAGCUUGUACGAGCGUGUCAAGGUAUUGAACGUCUCUAUUUACUGAUGAGACCUUCGAGAGGCCAAAGCGUCGAUUGUCGUCUUCAAGGACUCAUUCAAAAUCCGAUAUUCGACAAGGUCAGGAAACAGCAGCCGGAUGUGAUGAGAAAAAUCACAGCUGUGACGGGGGAUAUGACCUCUUCGGGACUGGGACUGUCUCCUUCCGAUUUGCAGUUAUUGACAGAUAAUGUUUCGAUAGUCUUUCACUCUGCUGCUACCAUCAAAUUCAACGAAGAACUUAAAGCAGCCUUUCAGAUGAAUGUUAAAGGACCCCUGCAAUUACUGGAAAUUUGCCGACAAAUGAAACACCUUCAAGCUCUCGUGCACGUAUCAACGGCUUUCAGUAAUUUCGACAGUGAAGAAAUUAAAGAAGAUGUUUAUCGUGACGCUAAAGUUAAUCCUGCAGAGUUGUUAGAAUUCAUUGACUGCCUAGAUGAUGAUGGAGCUAAAAACAUGUCAAAGCAGUUACUUGGUAAUUAUCCUAAUACCUACGCUUACACGAAAGCCUUGGCCGAGCAAUUGCUGAAGGAAAGAUGCGCAAGCGUUCCUUUGGUCAUCGUCAGGCCAUCUAUCGUUACUGCAGCUCAAAGUGAGCCUCUUCCAGGCUGGGUUGACAACAUGAAUGGAACAUCCGGAACGAUGGCUGCAGUUGGUAAAGGUUUAUUCCGCAUCCUGAAAAUUAAAGAAGAUAUGAUCAGCGAUAUUAUCCCUGUUGAUUACCCCAUCAAUCUAAUGAUUGCUGUCGCUUGGCAUACAGCAACUAGCAAUCCGACUGGCGUUUCUGUUUACAAUUGUACCACUGGCCAUCUUAACCCGCUCACCUGGGGUCUCUUGAAACGCUGGACGAUUGAAUCUUGGUUGAAAUUUCCCACCAAGGACAUGAUGUGGUAUCCGGGUGUCUGCUACACAACCAACGACCUUUCGUUCAAGAUCAAUCAAAAUUUGCUUCACGAUUUGCCGGCCUAUUUGAUGGACUUGUUUAUGAAAGCGACGGGCAAACGAACCAAAUGGGUCCGGCUGUACUCCAAAGCCAGUGAAGCUUUUUCGACUUAUGAAUUUUUUACAACGCAUCAAUGGCGAUUCAUUAGUAACAAUCCUAUCCAUUUAAUAGAAGAAAUGUCCGUCGAGGACCGCAACCUUUUUUAUUUCGACGUUCGCAAGAUCAAUUGGCAGAACUAUUUUGAAAAUUACAUUUUAGGUCUACGACUGUAUGUCCUUAAAGACGAUAUUAGAAGUCUCCCACUAGCUAGAAGCAAUCUCAAAAGAUUGUAUUGGAUACAAUUUGUGGUGCUUUUUCUCGUCUUAGUGGGCUGCAUCUUGUUAUUUUCCGCAAUCUUGUAUUGUAUGUAAUCGGCUUAUUUGUUCUAAAAUCUUCUUACAAACAUUUAUACUCGAGUCACUGCGUAAUAAAAAGAUGACUAAACUAACAGCUAGCUUGGCAAUCGUGAAAAUGAACAAAAAUUUUACUGUUACUAUUUGGAAAAUAUUUUUAAGAUACGCAAAUACAAAUUGCAA